AUGCUGCCCAGCCUGCUGGUGCCGCUGGCCGCGCUCCUCUGCCUGCGCCACCGCUGCCCCGCGCAAGGGAGCGAACUGCCCAGCCCCCCAUCCGUGUGGUUUGAAGCUGAGUUUUUCCACCACGUCCUCCACUGGGCGCCCAUCCAGAAUCAGUCUGAAAGCACCUCCUAUGAGGUGGAACUCAUGAGUUACGGGACGGAGCUUUGGGUGUCCAUCUCCAGCUGUAACCAGACCCUGAUGCUGUCCUGUGACCUCACCAUGGUGACCCUCGACCUGUACCACAACAAUGGCUACCGGGCCAAAGUCCGGGCAGUGGACAGAGGCCAGCAUUCCAACUGGACGCUCAGCAGCACCCGCUUCUCCAAGGAUGAAGUGAAACUGACCGUUGGCGGCGUGGCGCUGGAGACACGUGACGGCACCAUCCUGGGAACCAUCCAGCCUCCCCGGCCCACGGUGGCCCCCGCCGGCGACACGUACGAAAGCAUCUUCCCGCAGUUCCGAGAGUAUGAGAUCGCCAUCCGCAAGGACCCGGGAUACUAUGAGGUCAAAAACAAGGUACAGAAUGAAACCUUCACCUUCCCAGCCCCAGGGCACGUGGGAAAGUUCUGUGUCAAGGUGAAGCCGUCUUUGAGCUCCCGCACGAACGAGGGGAUAUGGUCCGAGGAGGAGUGCGUGGUGCUCUCCCCGAAGUAUUUCACGGUGACCAACCUGAGCAUCUUCUUCAUCUUGGUGCUGCUGCUCUGCGGAGCCCUGGCCUACACGCUGGCCCUCCAGCUGUACGUGCGGCGCAGGAAGAAGCUGCCCGCCGUCCUGGUGUUCGGGAGGCCCAGCCCCUUCAGCAUCGCCAGUCAGCUCCCCCGCCUGGAGCCCAAGGACACCAUCCAUCCCAUCGACGAGGAGGCCCUCCCCAAGGUGUCCCUGGAGCUGAGGAACUCUGAGCUGCACGGCAGCGCCGACAGUGGCUUCGGCAGUGCCAAGCCGUCCCUGCAGACGGAGGAGCCCGAGUCCCUCCUCCCCGCCCCCCAUCCUCAGGCGGGGGGCACGCCGGGGGCGUCCCUGGAGCUGGAGGAGAGCAGCAGCAGCAGCAGCGGCGGCGGCAGCACAGACAGCGGCAUCUGCCUGCAGGAGCCCGGCCUGAGCGCGGGCACGGGGCGCGGGGGCCAGGGCCGGGACGACAGCGGCAUCGGCCUGGCCCCGAGCUCCGAGCGGCCGCCCGGGGAGCCGCAGCUCGGCUCAGCCUCGGGGCCCGAAGUGGCGGAGGAGGAAGACCCGGCUGUGGUGGCAUUUCAGGGCUACCUGAAACAAUCCAGAGACGCGGAGGAGAAGGCAGCCGAGGCGGGCUGUCCGGCGGAAGCGUCCUCUUCACCAGAUGGCUUUGGCCCCCAGAUCAGGACGUGCCUGGCUGCCGAGGGAGCCUGGUCGCCAGCCCUGGUCAAGGGUUACUUGAAACAGGGUCCCCCAGAAGUGACGCUCGCUCCUUCAGCGCCCCCAACUGGACAGUGGAACCCCCCAGCUGAGGAGUGGGCACUCCUGGGCUUGACCAGCUGCGAGGACCUAGGAACCGCCGCCUGGAGCUUUGCCCACGACCUUGCCCCUCUGGACUGUGUGGCAGCCCCGGGCGGUCUCCUGGGCACCUUUGACUCCGACCUGGUCACCCAGCCGCUGAUCUGCAGUCUGCACUGCAGUGAGUGACUCGGACUGAGGGCUGUUUUCACGUCAGCCACGUCCCGCCUGGGCCCGGGCCCGGAUCAGGAGUGAAGCACGGUGCCAGGCCAGUGGGCCCAGCAGGGUGCACAGGGCCAGGCAGGCGGGCUCCCCAUGUACAGACGAGCACGGCUGGGGCCCUGCGGACUCGGGCGCGCGGAGGAGCAGAGCACACUGGCCCCGGGAAGCUCCCGUCUGAUAAGGAGCAUCUGCUCAGGGAGUCGUGGGGUGUUCCGGGGCUGUGGCGAGGUCACCGGCUGAGGUCAGCUCAGAGCCAGGCUCCCCCCUCAAGCCAGCCAGGUGUCAGGGCCCCACCGCUGGGGUCGUCUCUAGGGGGAAAGGAGGGAGCAGUGACCAGGGAUGAUCUCUGGAUGCUCAGCUGACCACCAGCUGGCCUGGAGCGGUCGCACGGAGAAGCCCCCUCUCCGGCAGGCCUCCUGGGGAGGGAGCGUGUCCUGGAAGACCUUUCGGGGUGUCUGCCCUGGUCCGCCAGUCAGUCAGCCUCCGUUAUGGAGCCUCGGGGGGGACAAAAGGAGCUGAGACCCAAAAGGGGGCUCUGGCUCAUGCUCCGGGGAUGUCUCUUGUGCACAGACAGGCAUUUCCCUCCUUCAGCAAAUGGAGCAGGGGCCCCCCGAGGUACCCGCAGUGGCCGAGCCCCUCAGGGACCCCACCCGCCGCCCCAUCAUUUGCUGACAGAACAAGAGAAACCACGGCUGCUCGCGGUGGUCGAAACAGCCCCCCGGGAGCCUCUGGGUUUGGACGCCGGCUUGUCUGCCCCGGGGUCCGGGUCGGGACCUGGCCCUGUGUGUGCUGCGCCCUCGGCUCAGCCUCAGGAACCGGCCUCGGCCGCCACCCCCGCUGUCCGGGUCAGCUGCGUGACCUUGGGCAGCCACUUCCCCGGGCUCUGCUGCCCCAGCAGUGGGUGAAGGGCGCUGCAGGCUGGAUGUUGGCGAAGCUGGCCCUGAGGGGGGCUGCCAAGCGUGUCUGCGCGGGGCUGGGGAGGGAGCUGGGUGCUGUGUCUGUGCAGACCCAGCUCCUGCCUCGUGCUGAGGCCACGGAGGGGCAGAAGCCCGUGACCGCGCCAGAGAGCUGCGGGCACUGGGGCAGAGGGGCAGGUGUGGGCCCCGCUCCCAGUGAGUGUGGAAUGUGAGCUCAAAGCCGUUUACAGUCCAUGGACGAGGGACUGGAGGAGUGACGGCAGGGCCCCCCGAGUCACCCACGGCCUGCCUGUCUCGGGGGCAUUCUGGGAAUAGACAUUGUGGGGGGAGUCCAGCCAGGACCCCCCCGUCUGCAGGAGGCUCCAGCUGCCAACCUGCUAACAGCUCGCUCUGGAAACUCAGGCUUCAGGGACCACGCCUCAGACUCUCCAGGAAGGUUUACAUAUUUAUUUUCUUGUUUUAUUUAUUGAAGAGGCUGCAUAGUCCAGCCAAAGAAUUCUGGGUAUUUGGAGAGCCCAGAAGUCCCAGCUCGACUCCACUGUUUCUUGCCGUGUGACCUUGGGAAAGUCCCUGGUCCUCGUCGGUCUCACUGCCGGGGACGUGGGGUGGACGUGCCCUGGGCGCGCGGCUCUGUACACGGGCGCUGCCGUUUCUUACCCCAAUAAAUGGUCAGGACCGCAGGAAUCGUGUGACCAGCCAGGUU